CAGGGGUUAAUAGUUCCCCCCCCUCGGGGGGCGGGGCUGUGAGUAGCGCCAGGGCCGGAAGUGAGUCAGCCCGGCCGGGGCCGUUAGAAUUGUCGCGGGAAGAUUCUGGCUGAGUCGGGAGCGCGCGCCCGAGGACAGGUCCCACGUUAAAUGGAGACUAACAUGUCAUUUCAGAAAAGGCAUUUGAAUACAAAACUUUUGUAAGUGACAUGGAUAAGAAAAGGAAGAUGCAUGGUAAAAGCCACAUGCCCGCUCUUGAGAAGACCUCAAAGAAAAAAUUGAAAAGAAAUAAAGUGGAUUUGGAUGUAGAAGACAUUGCUUUAAUACCCACCCAGGAAUACAAAGCCAAGUCCCAUCCUCGCAGUAACUUACUUCCAUGUGAGGAACCGGAUGUCUCAAGGAUAUUGAAGAUAACUGAGACUGGGCAAGUUGAGGAGCCUGAUGAUUCAUUUGAUCACCCUUUACACAGCACUGCUGUAGAUGCUGGUGGGAAUGUGGAAUUGCAGGAAGAGGAACACGACAUAGCAGCUAGUCAUUCUUCUGAUUCAUCUCCACAAGGGAAAAAUGCAGAAACAAGAAAAAAUCAGUGUAGUUUGAAAAUUCCUGAAGAUAACAAAUCAGAGACAGAGGAUUCUGAAGAUGAAUCGCUGAAGGAGAAUAAGAUACAGAAAAAGAUAUCAGGAAAUGCCAAGACCAAUGUGGAGGAAUCUAAGUUACCAUCUGCAUUAGCAUUGAGGAACAGCUCUUCAGAAAGCAGCAUAUCAAAUAAGGUUACAGAUUUAGUGAAGAAGUUAAAUGCACAAAAGAAGCCCAAGAACAGUGCUAAAUCCCAUGUGAAACCAAAGAAGUCUUCACAAAAGAGUGCAUUAGAUCCUUCUGCUGAUAGUCCAUUUUCUAUACAGAUUUGGUGCCCAAAAGGGCUGAAAAGAUUUUCCCAAGAUAUUACAGAACUGGAUGUUGUUCUGGCUGAGUUUGAGAAGAUAACUGCAGACUACAAACAAAGGGUGGAGUCUAGGAUUUGCAGGGAAGCUAUUGAGGUCUUCUAUUCUGGCUUCAAGGACCAACUCACUAAUACUAUAACAGAAGUCCAGGAACUGAAGGAUUUGAAAAGAAAAAAUGCUAAGGUGAUCACAGACAUCAAUAAGAAAAGACGGCGUUUGCUGGAAGUUAGAGAAGAACUAAUUCGGACUGGACCACAACUGAAGCAACUACAAAGAGAAUAUGCUGAGCUACAAGAAAGAGAAUCUUCUCUCAGGAACACAACCCAGUUCCUAACUGAUUUAAAGGAGGUGCAGCAACAAUAUAUAAAUUGCAGAGAAGACCAACCACAAGAAAAAGUAGUUUACGGAACUUCCAGCAUUCCUGCUCUUCUGGUGGAAUCACAACGAAUUUUAAGAGCUGAAAGUCAUUUUCAAAAUAUCAGCACAAGAUUACAAGAGUUUCUGAAUUUGCAGAAAAAGGAGCUGCCAGAGAAAUUGUAAAUGCUUUAUACUUCUUGCAACUAAGCACAGUUAACAUCAGUUAAGUGUAUUCAUAUUCAUAUACAGAUAGCUACUUCUUUGGUAAGGUGCUAAACAUACAUGGUUAUGACAUUCCUACUCCAUUUAGAUUUUGGUAUUUUGUGUUUGCACUCUUUAAUUUCUGAUAUAACAGAAGCAACAAUUGUUUAAAUACUACCAUAUGCAUUUAAUAAAACAAAGCACUGUGUUUAAA